CCUUUGUGGAGGCCUGGCGGGGCGGCAGCGGAGGGGGUUGGGAGGAAGUUCCGGUCUCCUUAGCGCUGGGUCGGUGACGGCGGCGACUGAGGAGGCGGCGACGGUGUAGCUGUCGCUGUCUCAGGUACUGUUACCAGCAUUUGGUUUAAAAAAAUCCAUUGAUUGGGGCCCUCCCAACACAAGAAGAAAUGUGGGGGGACCCUCGCCCUGCUAACAGGACAGGCCCUUUCCGUGGGAGCCAAGAAGAAAGGUUUGCUCCCGGGUGGAACAGGGAUUAUCCUCCUCCCCUUAAGAGUCAUGCUCAAGAAAGACACUCUGGCAACUUUCCUGGCAGAGAUUCACUUCCCUUUGAUUUCCAGGGGCAUACGGGGCCUCCCAAUCCUCCCUUUGCAAAUGUAGAGGAUCAUUCUUUCAGCUAUGGAGCUAGAGAUGGACCACAUGCUGACUAUCGAGUUGGGGAGGGGCCCGGACGUGAUUUCAUGGGGGGGGAUUUCCCUUCUGAUUUCCAGAACAGAGAUUCUCCACAGUUGGAUUUCAGGGGUAGAGAGAUACACCCAGGAGAUUUUCGAGAUAGGGAAGGACCACCUAUGGAUUAUAGAGGUGGGGAUGGUACUUCUAUGGAUUAUCGAGGUAGAGAGGCAUCCCAUAUGAACUAUCGAGAUAGGGAAGCGCAUGCUGUUGACUUUAGGGGUAGAGAUGGGCCUCCUCCUGAUUUCAGGGGCCGGGGUACAUAUGAUUUAGAUUUUAGAGGCCGGGAUGGGUCCCACUCAGAUUUUCGGGGCAGAGAUAUGUCUGAUUUGGAUUUCAGGGGUAGGGAUCAAUCCCACCCAGAUUUUAGAAAUAGGGAUAUACCAGAUUUAGACUUUAGGGGAAAGGAUGGGUCUCAAAUGGACUUUAGGGGUAGGGGCUCAGGCACUGCUGAUCUAGACUUUAGGGACAGGGAUACACCACCUUCAGAUUUCAGAGGUAGACAUCGAUCUAGGACUGAUCAGGAUUUUAGGGGCAGAGAGAUGGCUCCCCAUAUGGAAUUUACAGAUAGGGAGAUGCCCCCCAUGGAUCCAAAUAUGUUGGAUUUCAUUCAGCCCUCUACACAAGAUAGAGAACGAUCUGGCAUAAAUGUGAACAAAAGAGAAGAGUCCACCCAUGACCUUGCAGGAACAGAAAGGCCUCCUUUUGGUAUCCAGAAGGGAGAGUUUCAACAUUCAGAGACAAGAGCAAGAGAAGGAGACCCUCAUGGUUUGGGCCUUGAAAAUGAGUCUCCUUUAGACUUUCGGAAUAACCAGCGCCCUCUACAGGACCAAGAUAAAGCACCUCAAAUCUUUGCCAACAAACAGCCACUUUCCGGAGGUGAACAACAAAGACCAGAUUCUGGUCUUGUAUUUAAAGAAGAAGAGGGUCUGGAUUUCCUUGGCCGCCAAGAUACUGAUUAUAGAAACAUGGAGUACCGUGAUGUGGAUCACCGGGUUCCAGGGAACCAGAUGUUUGACUAUAGUCAUAACAAAUCUUUUCCAGAGGGAAAAAUUGUCAAAGAUUCCCGGCAAGAUCUUCAGGACCAGGAUUAUAGGACUGGCCCAACUGAGGAGAAGCCAAGCAGGUUGAUUCGACUAGGAGGGGUGCCUGAAAAUGCAACAAAGGAAGAUAUUCUUAAUGCUUUUCGGACUUCUGAUGGGACUCCUGUGAAAGACUUGCAGCUAAAAGAUUAUAGCUCAGGUUACGACUAUGGCUAUGUCUGCGUGGAGUUUUCACUCUUGGAAGAGGCCAUCGGAUGCAUGGAAGCCAACCAGGGAACUUUAAAGAUCUGUGACAAAGAGGUGACCCUAGAGUAUUCACCAAGCCCGGAUUUUUGGCACUGUAAACGGUGUAAAGUUAGCACUGUUGGGUAUCGUUCAUGUUGCUCAUACUGCAAGUGCCCAAGAGAAGUGACAGACACCAAGACUCCCAAGGUUCAGCAAGAAUUAGCUACCUACCCUGAGCCCCAGAAAUCACCAGCACAGCCAGCAGCACUACCAGAAAAGCCACAGAACCAUCCUCAGGCACCACCUGACAAAGAACCUGAGACCAAAAAGCGGGAAGAAGGAAGAGAGAGACGCUUAGGCCAGGAGCAAAGGAGGGACUCAGAAAGGUAUCCUUCUCGAAGGGAAGGACAUGAUACUUCUACCAGAAGAGACAAUGACAAGGAACAGUGGUCUGGAGAGUCCCGUCAGGAUGGGGAGAGCAAAACUAUUAUGCUUAAGCGAAUUUAUCGGUCUACUCCACCGGAAGUAAUCGUGGAAGUCCUAGAGCCCUAUGUCAGACUUUCUACUGCCAAUGUCCGAAUCAUCAAGAAUAGAACUGGCCCCAUGGGCCAUACCUAUGGCUUCAUUGAUCUGGAUUCUCACUCGGAAGCUCUUCGUGUAGUGAAGAUUCUACAGAACCUGGAUCCCCCAUUCAGUAUUGAUGGAAAGAUGGUGGCAGUGAAUCUUGCUACAGGAAAACGAAGAAAUGAUUCUGGAGAUCACUCUGACAAUAUGCACUAUAACCAGGGUAAAAAAUAUUUCCGGGAAAGGAAGGGAGGCAGCAGAAACUCAGACUGGUCCUCAGAUUCAAACCGACAUGGGCAGCAGUCUUCAUCUGACUGCUACAUAUAUGAUUCUGUCACUGGUUACUAUUAUGACCCCUUAGCUGGAACAUAUUAUGACCCCAAAACACAGCAAGAAGUUUAUGUACCACAAGACCCUGCAUCACCUGAGGCAGAGAGCAAGGGGAAGAAACACAACAGUCAAGGAAAACCAAAUGAAAAGAAAGAUGCCUCUAAAAGGGAUAGCAGGGAGAAAAAAGACAAAGCUCGGAGCACACCCACGAAGGAGGUCUCCAGUGAAGGGAAGGCUUCUGCAGAAGAUGUCUUUAAGAAACCACUACCCCCCACAGUGAAGAAGGAAGAGAGCCCACCUCCUCCCAAGAUCGUAAAUCCUUUGAUUGGCCUUUUGGGUGAAUAUGGAGGAGACAGUGACUAUGAAGAAGAGGAAGAAGAAGAGAAGCCCCCCCCUCCCCAGACUCGCCCUGUACAACCCCCCCAGCGGGAGGAAUUGUCCAAAAAGGAAAAUGAGGAAGACAAGCUCACUGACUGGAACAAGCUAGCCUGUCUCCUCUGCAGAAGGCAGUUUCCCAAUAAGGAAGUGCUGCUCAAGCACCAACAGCUCUCUGAUCUUCACAAGCAAAACCUGGAGAUCCACAGAAAAAUAAAGCAAUCUGAACAGGAGCUGGCAUAUCUGGAGAGAAGAGAGCGGGAAGGAAGAUACAGAGAAAAAGGAAGUGACCGUAAAGAGAAACUUCAUUUUUCUGAUUCCCCAGAUAGGAAACGAAUGAAAUAUUCCAGGGAAACUGACAGUGAUCGUAAAUCUUCAAGUAAAGUAGGUACUGACAGCAACAACAAAGGAGGCUGUGUACUGCAGGCCCCAGGUUGGAAGAAGGGAGCAGGUCUGGGAUAUGGUCAGCCAGGUCUGACCUCAGCAGAAGAGAAUGAAGGCUGGACGAGGGGCCCUGGUGUUGGAUCACAAGGGAAACCUAGUAAGAGGCAGUCUAAUGAGACAUACCGAGAUGCUGUGAGGAGAGUCAUGUUUGCUCGAUAUAAAGAACUUGAGUAAAGGAUUGAGAUGAGUCCCACAGGGUGCAACCUUCUUUUGUCUGUCUGUCUGUCUGUCUGUCUGUCUCUCCUUUUGUUUUGUUACUGUUCUUGCUGCUAGAACUUUUUUUAAAUAAAAUUUUUUUCAAUGUGGUGA